AUGACUACCGCGAAAGAUGCACAGAUAUUUAUCGAAUGUAUAAGCAUGGCGAGUUCAUCUGCGGAUUAUUUCGCAACUCGGCGAUACCCCAAUUCAUCGUCGAGUCGCAGUCCACCACAUCACCCUUCAGCUGAAGAUGAUAGCGAUGACGAUGAUCUCCAAGCUGUACUUGCAGACGAUCCACUUCACGACGAAGAUGAUCCGAACAGAUUGUCUUUUAAGCGCAAGCAGAAACAACCUGCGAGCUCGAAUUUCCUAUCUGCUUUUGCGAGACCUGGUAGCGGACCUCAGUCGCGACAUAAUACACCAUCGCCCAAAGGUAGCAUCCCAAGCCCAGGGAAUGGUCGAGCAUACCCGUCAAAUAUACCAGUAGGAAGUAGUCAACAACAAAGUUCUACGCCUAAGGAUGGAGCGCCAUUGGAUUGGUACGUUGAAGGGCCAGGUCGACGGGUUGGAUAUGAGGAUAUGACAGCUAUUGAUUGGAUCUUCGAAUACACAAAAGAACGACAAAGGCUACGGAUAUUGUACUCUAGCGCAACAGGAUUGAUUGGAUAUGUGCAACAGCUUUUGGAUGCAAGUCAGAUAUGGAUAGUCCUUAUUCUGACGGGAUUGGCGGCGGGCGCAUUUGCAGCUGGGAUAGAUAUCGUCACGGAUUUCCUGGCAGAUUUAAAGACAGGCUAUUGUCGAGCUGGAGAAGAUGGAGGUCAUUUCUACCUAAACAAAUUCUUUUGCUGCUUCGGCUAUGACAGUGUCGCGCAGUGUCGCGAUUGGGUGCCGUGGAGUGUUGCGUCAAAUAUUGGUUCUGUGGGUGGGAAAUGGUUCAUAGAGUAUUUCUUUUUUAUAUUAUUCUCAUUAUCUUUUGCUUUUAUUUCCAGUGUUUUGGUGCAGGAAUAUGCUCUAUAUGCGAAGCAUAGUGGUAUCCCUGAGAUCAAAACUAUAUUGGGAGGCUUUGUAAUUCGACGUUUCAUGGGGAUCUGGACAUUGGUCAUAAAAUCCAUUGGACUGUGUCUAUCGGUCGCAUCUGGGAUGUGGCUUGGCAAAGAAGGUCCGCUUGUACAUGUAGCAUGUUGCUGUGCCAAUGUGUUCAUGAAAUUGUUUGUUAACAUCAAUGGCAACGAAGCCAGAAAACGUGAGGUACUCUCGGCUGCUGCCGCUGCUGGUAUAUCAGUCGCCUUUGGAUCUCCAAUUGGUGGUGUGCUCUUCAGUCUAGAGCAACUCUCAUAUUACUUUCCUGAUAAAACCAUGUGGCAAAGUUUUGUCUGUGCCAUGACAGCUGCCGUAACUUUACAAGCAUUCGAUCCUUUUAGAAGUGGAAAGCUUGUUUUAUAUCAGGUUACUUAUAGCACCGGUUGGCAUGGAUUUGAGAUGAUUCCAUAUGCUUUUCUGGGUGUUUUAGGUGGUAUCUACGGUGGCCUCUUCAUUAAAGUCAAUACAAGUAUUUUUCAAUGGAAGAAGACUGCUACUUGGCUUCCAGGUCCAAUAACACAGGUCAUGAUUGUUGCCACUUUGACCGCUCUAAUCAACUAUCCAAAUCUUUACAUGCGAGCUCAAUCGUCUGAGCUAGUUUUCUCCUUGUUUGCCGAGUGUUCAAAGCUUACCGAUGACCAAUUCGGAUUAUGCAAAACAGGAGCUGCUACUAUUGGAACAAUAUUUUUAUUACUAUUUGCAGCUGUACUUGGUUUCUUCUUAUCAUCAAUGACAUUUGGGUUACAAGUCCCAGCAGGAAUCAUAUUACCUUCAAUGGCAGUCGGAGCGCUCUUUGGUCGCGCCGUAGGUAUUCUUGUGGAAAUAUGGGUUCACAAUUUCCCAAACUUUUUCGCAUUCUCAUCUUGCGAGCCAGACUUUCCAUGUGUUACUCCUGGUACAUAUGCGAUCAUUGGAGCUGCUGCUGCUUUAGGUGGUGUAACCAGAAUGACGGUUUCGAUCGUUGUUAUCAUGUUCGAGCUUACCGGAGCUCUAACAUAUGUUUUACCCAUCAUGAUUGCUGUCAUGAUCAGCAAAUGGGUGGGUGAUGCUUUCGGAAAGCGUGGCAUAUACGAAAGUUGGAUCCAUCUGAAUGAAUAUCCAUUCUUGGAUAAUAGUGAUGAGACACCAAUACCUGAUGUAUCCGUUCGACAAAUUAUGACUCGGAUUGAAGAUCUUGUUGUGCUCACCGCUACCGGUCAUACAAUUGAAUCUUUGAACAACGUUUUGGCAAAUCAUCCAUAUCGUGGCUUUCCUGUGAUCUCAGAUCCUAGGGAAGCUAUACUGCUAGGAUAUAUAUCUCGAGCAGAACUUCAAUAUAACCUCAAAAUAUCCACACAACCACCUCGAUCACUCCCAUCCGAAACAGAAGCAUUCUUCUCACAUCAACCAUUUGCAGAUCCACGAACAACACUUGAUCUUCGACCAUGGAUGGAUCAGACACCUAUUACUUUACCUUCACGUUCAAACCUUCUUCUCACCGCCAACUAUUUUCAGAAACUGGGUGUUCGUUAUGUUCUCUUCUGCGAUCGAGGUAUAUUGCAAGGACUUUUAACAAAGAAAGACGUAUGGUACGUGUUGAAUGGCGCAGAAGAGACCAGGAGGACGAAUGGACAUGAUGAUAUGGGUAUGGAGACGGAACUAGAAGGAAGAGGAGAAAAUAGAGGGUUAUUGCAUGGUGAUGAAGAUGAUUUGGUACCACUCACACCUGCUCGUGAUGAUGCACCAAUGUUAUGA